GUUCAUGGUCUGUGAAAGAAACAGUAACAUAGGCUCAGGUUAAGAAAGGAGAGAUGGUAUUUCGAGUCUAGGAAGAAAAUCCUUAUCCAAAGCCACUCCGGACCUCUCAGAGGGGAGGACAGAUAGACUGCCGCCCAGGGGGGAGUUUCGUGGUUCUUCUGACUUCAGGUGAUGGGUGGGGUUGGCCUGGUGCUCUGAUCCCUCUAACUCAAUGGUUCCAUGAUUCUAUGAUGUCACUGCAGAAGGAAGACUGGGGAGCUGGGCUCGGCUCCAGCUGUUCCAAUUCCUCUGUCGUGUGAAUUCUGAUAGUUUUGGAGUGAGGGGAGGUGGGCUGAGUCCCAUGUGCCCCAGCUCAGUCUCCCCUCUAGCCACCUCAGCCCCUACCACGUUUGUGGAGAGAAAUUAACCCGUGUGAGUCCACGCCACCAAAGCAAGCAGAGCAUAUCUGAUGAAGCGGUUCCAAAGAACAACAAUGAAAGCACCUUUUUAUUCUUCUGUUUCCAGAAAAUUUAAAGAACAAGAGAACUACAUUCAAACUGAGCUGGAAAAGUAUAUCUGGAUGAUCUGUGACUGUGAGAGUGGAUGAGUCUUCUAGCUAACCCUAUGAGCUUUGAAACCACAGCAUUCACUUUCUUCGUCAUCCUUCUAAUUUGCCCCAGUUGCAUCUUCUUUUUAUUGGUGGUUUUUUUAUAUAAAUGUUCCCAAAGCAGGACAGAUGAAGAGACAGAAAAAGGUUCUUGUAUAGAUGCUAAUGGAGGUGAAGAUUGUACAGCUGCUAAUACAGAGAUGAACAAUUCAGGAGACAAAGAAAAUGUACCCACGAGGCCUGGCAUUCUUGUCCAGAGACACAGUAAAGCAGUGGUGGCCACACCCUUAGGAAAUGGAGAGGAUGUGAAAGAUGAAGAGGAGGACAAAAUAAAAGAGAAGCAAAGGGCUGAGAAUGCUGGAGAAAAUGGUCAAGAACGGAAUGACUAUUUGCAAAAACCACCCAUACCUGUCACUGGAAGUCCUUCAGUUGUUGAUAACCAUAAAAGACCUUUAAAAGGAGUGACAUUUUCUAGGGAGGUAAUUGUUGUGGACCUUGGAAAGGACAAUCCUAUAGCUCGAAGCUACACUCAAUUACAUAAAGAGAGAAAAUGAAGCACAAAAAAGGCUGAGAGUGAAAGAGAUGCAACCUUAGACUAACAAUGAAAUGGCUGGGGGUACAAAAUCAUGUUGAAACAGCAAAAUAAUGAGGAAUUAAGUAAAUACAGAUAGUAUUUCACCUUUGAGCAAAAGAGGUGGAGUAUGUGCAAAAUUCUAUAAGUAGAAUACCCAGAGCUUGAAUACAGAUUUUUUUAAAAAACUCAAAUCUGAGCUCAAGAAAUUGAUUGUAUCGUGUCCUUAAAACUUUGUCUACUCAAACACUGUUCUAACAUGUGAAUAAAGUUAUUUGUGUUUGUGCAGAUGUCU